UUGUUCCCAUGUCCAUGGCCCGUUCUCUUUCGUAGUCCAAAUGAGGCGACUCCCACUCACCGCGCUCCGCUCUCUCGCGCGACGCGUCUCCUCCGACCCCGUCGUCGUCCUCCACCGCGAUCGCAGGAUCGUGUCGGGUGGGAGAUGUGAUGUGAGGAAUGGUUUCUUGCGGCAGUUCUCGUCGAUCAAUGAGAGAGGGAGGAACUCGCUUGAUGAUAUCUCAUUAGAGGAAGAAGCUGAGAAGAAGGCAGGAUGGUUGUUGAAGCUUAUAUUCGUAGGAACUGCAGGACUUGUUGGUUACGAGUUCUUUCCUUACAUGGGGGAAAAUCUACUACAGCAGUCCAUCUCGCUUUUACAUGUCAAGGAUCCUUUGUUUAAGAGGAUGGGAGCAUCGAGAUUAGCCCGUUUUGCAGUCGAUGAUGAAAGGAGGAUGAAAGUGGUAGAGAUGGGUGGAGCUCAAGAGCUUCUGAAUAUGCUGGAGGGUGCAAAAGAUGAUAAAACACGUAAACAAGCUUUAAAGGCUCUCAUUGCUCUUUCUCAUUCUGAUGAGGCUGCUGAAUUUUUGCACCAGGCAGGUGCGACUGCAAUUGUUAGUUCUAUUUCAAACUCUUCGGAGUACGCUGAGGUCGAAGAGUACAGGUCUAGCCUGCUCCAGAGGUUUAAAGAACUGACACAUGAAGUAUAGAACUUUUUCCUGGUUGGCAUUAAAACGACCUGCUUGACGAUCCAAUUUGUGUUUACCUUAAGUCACUGCGAUCUUUACAUUUUCCUCUGUAUUUUGGAAAGCUUUCCAUGUGGCGCAACUGAGUUCGGAAACAGGAACACAUAAGGUUGUAAUGAUAACAAGAUAUUAUGGGACCUUCAUGAAGAAA